AUGAAGGCUGGAGUGGCGGCUCUCGCAGCCGGGAUCCUCGGCAGCACUGGCGUGUUGCUCUUUCUCAUCGCUUUUGGGACAGAUUACUGGCUCCUAGCUACGGAGACCUGUGGCAUCUUCGAGGAUGGGAAUAGCACUCUGCAGACCGGGGAGGCUGAAACACUGACAGAGGUCAGGAAGGAGAUCCUCACUUUCCAUCACGAGGGCUUCUUCUGGCGGUGCUGGUUCUUUGGCGAGGGUCACCCGGAGACCAUCUGGACCUUCUGGUACACCAGCCAAGCGCAUCCCAAGUUCUGCAUGCAUGGCUACCUCUUUCCCAUGCCCAUUGCUCCUGGACCUUUCCCUCAUCCUUCGUAUGACACAACCGCAGUGUACAGAGGCUUCUGGACGGCGUUCAUCAUGCUGGCCGUGGCCGCCGCGCUGGUGGGAGGGCUGCUGCUGGUGUGCGGUGUGCCCUUCGUCAGCCCCCGCUCCUACAAAGUCGGGGGCGGAUUCCUCCUCACCUCGGGAGGCUUAUUUCUCCUGCUCAUAUUUCUCUUCGUGAUCUGGAAGGAGUUUGCUGCUGAUUUGCAGAAGUACAUCCUUCUGGAGAGAAGUGAGAAGUGCAUGGACGAUGUACCUGUGCACGUGCAUUACGGGUGGUCCUUCAUGUUCGCCGCAGCAGGGGUGCCCCUGGUUUUACUUUCUGGACUCCUCUUCUACCUGGUCGGCAGAGACAUUAUGAAGUCCCUGGAGUAA